AUGUCGAACAACAACUGGCAAGAGGAGGCCAUGCGCCGUCUCCGACAGAUGCAGCAGGCCCGUGGUGGUGGAGGAGGAGGCCCUCAGAUGCCCCGAGCAGCCGGUGGCGCCCUUGCUGGUGGUCUCUUGCUUGCCGGUGGUGCUCUGUUCCUGUCUAACUCGCUUUUCAACGUCGAUGGUGGUCAACGAGCCAUCAAGUACCAGAGGUUAACUGGUGUCAGCAAGGAAAUCUACAACGAAGGAACACACAUCAACAUUCCUUGGUUUGAAACUCCUAUUGUGUACGAUGUCCGAGCGAAGCCACGCAACGUUGCGUCCUUGACUGGCACCAAGGAUUUGCAGAUGGUCAACAUCACCUGCCGUGUGCUUUCCCGCCCUCAGAUCGAUGCCCUGCCCCAGAUCUACCGAACACUAGGCACCGACUACGAUGAGCGUGUGCUGCCCUCUAUUGUCAACGAGGUUCUCAAGAGCGUUGUUGCCCAGUUCAAUGCUAGUCAGCUCAUCACACAGCGAGAGAACGUCGCUAGACUGGUGCGAGAGAACCUUGCUCGACGAGCUGCCCGGUUCAACAUUCUUCUUGAUGAUGUCUCCUUAACUCACCUUGCCUUCUCUCCCGAAUUCACAGCCGCCGUUGAGGCCAAGCAGGUUGCCCAGCAAGAGGCCCAGCGAGCUGCCUUCGUUGUCGACAAGGCCAGGCAGGAGAAGCAGGCCAUGGUUGUCAAGGCACAGGGUGAGGCUCGCUCUGCCGAACUGAUUGGUGAGGCCAUCAAGAAGAACAAGGCCUACCUGGAGCUCAAGAAGAUCGAGAACGCUCGACUGAUCGCUGCUCAGCUUCAGGAGGCUGGCUCCAAGAACAGGCUGAUGCUUGAUUCCGAGGGCCUGGGUCUCAAUGUUUUCGACAAAAACGAUAAGAGCUAG